CGGGCGGGCGUGCGCGCUCCGCCGCCCGACUCGGGUGAGGGGGGAGGACGAAGGGGGAAAACGCGAGGAGGGAGGAGUGGGAGGUGGGGGGGCACGAGGCGCCCUUCGCUCCCUCCCUCCCAAGGAGCUGCCGCCGCCGCCGCUCUGCCGCCGCCGCUCCCGCCGCCAUUUUGGGUUCGCUUUGCGGAGGGGGAGACGAUCCCCGUCUCGGUUGCGGGACCCGCCUCCCCUCAGUUUCCCCCGCUUAGCCCCACGCCUUUCUCCUCUCCUCUCUCGCAUUUCCGCCAGCCCGCUCACCCGCUGGCAGCCUCCUGACAAGCGGGAGGGAUCCGCUGUGGACCAAGGGAAGCGGAGGAGCCUGGUGGCGGCCGCCCCCUCUUCCCCACUUCCCUGCACUCUCAUCUCUCUCGGCCUCGGCCUCUGACACGUGCCUGGCUGCUUAGAGAACACCUACCCAACUUCUGAGACAAAGUUCAAGUUGAUGCUGUGAAGCCUUACCUGGCCACCUCCCCUCUUUUGGUGAACAGUAUGCACUCAUUUCUGUUUGGCAUAUACCUAGGAGUGGAAUUGCUGGGCCACAGGAGAAAGAGAUGCUGGUUGCAAGUUUUGGAGAUCCCUGUUUUUUAUGGAACACAGUUCUGUAAAAUUUUCAUAAGAUUCCUUGGCAAUAACAUACACUUGUGAUGGACCCUAGAAAUACUGCUAUGUUAGGAUUGGGUUCUGAUUCCGAAGGAUUUUCAAGAAAGAGUCCCUCUGCUAUCAAUACUGGCACACUGGUCAGCAAGAGAGAAGUAGAGCUAGAAAACAACACGAAGGAAGAAGAGGACCUUUGCAAGUGGAAUCGGGAAAGAAACAUCGAAGCAGGGAAAGAUGAUGGUUUGACUGAUGAACAGCAACAGUUUUCAGUGAAAGAAACAAACUUUUCAGAGGGAAAUUUAAAAUUGAAAAUUGGCCUUCAGGCUAAGAGAACUAAAAAACCUCCAAAGAACUUGGAGAACUAUGUAUGUCGACCUGCCAUAAAAACAACUAUCAAGCACCCAAGGAAAGCACUUAAAAGUGGGAAGAUGACAGAUGAAAAGAAUGAACACUGUCCUUCAAAGCGGGAUCCUUCAAAGUUGUACAAGAAAUCAGGUGAUGUUGCAGCCAUUGAAUGCCAGUCUGAAGAAAGCAUCCAUCUUCAUUCACAGGGAGAAAACAAUCCUUUGUCUAAGAAAUUUUCUCCAGUACACUCAGAAAUGACGGAUUACAUUAAUGCAGCAUCAUCUACUCUUGUUGGUAGCCGGGAUCCUGAUUUAAAGGACAGGGCAUUACUUAAUGGAGGAACGAGUGUAACGGAAAAGUUGGCACAGCUCAUUGCAACUUGUCCUCCCUCCAAGUCUUCCAAGACAAAACCUAAGAAGUUAGCAGCUGGCACUGCUGCAGGAUUGGUUAACAAGGAUUUGAUCAGGAAAGCGGGUGUUGGUUCUGUAGCUGGAAUAAUACAUAAGGACUUAAUAAAAAAACCAACUAUCAGCACAGCGGUUGGAUUGGUAACUAAAGAUCCUGGGAAAAAGCCAAUAUUCAGUGCAACAGUAGGAUUGGUCAAUAAGGACUCUGUGAAAAAACUAGGAACUGGCACUACAGCGGUAUUCAUUAAUAAAGACUUAGGCAAAAAGCCAGGGACUAUCACUACAGUAGGACUGCUGAGCAAAGAUUCAGGAAAGAAGCUAGGAAUUGGUAUUGUUCCAGGUUUAGUGAAUAAGGAACCUGGAAAGAAGCUAGGACUUGGCACUGUGGUUGGACUAGUUAAUAAAGACUUGGGAAAGAAAUUGGGUUCUACUGCUGGCCUAGUGGCCAAGGACUGUGCGAAGAAGAUUGUAGCAAAUUCAGCAAUGGGAUUAGUUAAUAAGGACAUCGGAAAGAAACUAGCGAGUUGUCCUAUGGCAGGACUGGUCAGUAAAGAUGCCAUAAACCUUAAAGCGGAAGCACUGCUCCCCACUCAGGAACCACUUAAGGCUUCUUGUAGUACAAACAUCAGUAGUCAUGAAAGUCAGGAACUUUCUGAAUCCCUGAAAGACAGUGCCACCAGCAAAACUUUUGAGAAGAAUAUUAUACGGCAGAGUAAAGAAAGCAUAUUGGAAAAGUUCUCAGUUCGAAAGGAAAUCAUUAAUUUGGAGAAAGAAAUGUUUAAUGAAGGAACAUGCAUUCAGCAAGACAGUUUCUCAUCCAGUGAAAGGGGGUCUUAUGAAACCUCAAAGCAUGAAAAGCAACCUCCCGUAUAUUGCACUUCUCCGGACUUUCAAAUGGGAGUUGCUUCUGAUGCAUCUACAGCAAAAUCCCCUUUUAGUGCAGUAGGAGAAAGCAAUCUCCCUUCCCCGUCACCUACUGUAUCUGUUAAUCCUUUAACUAGAAGUCCCCCUGAAACUUCUUCACAGAUGGCUCCUAAUCCGUUACUUUUAAGUCCUACCACAGAACUAAUGGAAGAAAUUGCUGAAUCUGUUGGGAAGAACCAAUUUACUUCUGAAAGUACCCACUUGAACAUUGGUCAUAGGUCUGUGGGUCAUAGCCUGAAUAUUGAAUGUAAAGGGAUUGAUAAAGAGCUGAAUGAUUCCAAAACUACACAUAUAGAUAUUCCAAGAAUAAGCUCUUCUCUGGGAAAAAAGCCAAGUUUGACUUCUGAAUCCAGUAUUCAUACAAUUACCCCUUCAGUUGUUAACUUCACUAGUUUAUUUAGUAACAAGCCCUUUCUAAAACUUGGUGCAGUAACUGCAUCCGACAAACACUGCCAAGUUGCUGAAAGCCUGAGCACUACUUUGCAGUCCAAACCAUUAAAAAAAAGGAAAGGAAGAAAACCUCGGUGGACUAAAGUGGUGGCAAGAAGCACAUGCCGGUCUCCAAAAGGGCUAGAAUUAGAAAGAUCAGAGCUUUUUAAAAAUGUUUCAUGUAGUUCACUAUCAAAUAGUAAUUCCGAGCCAGCCAAAUUUAUGAAAAACAUUGGACCAUCUUCAUUUGUAGAUCAUGACUUCCUUAAACGCCGAUUGCCAAAGUUGAGCAAAUCUACAACUCCAUCUCUUGCCCUCUUAACUGAUAGUGAAAAACCAUCUCAUAAGUCUUUUGCUACUCACAAACUAUCCUCCAGUAUGUGUGUCUCUAGUGACCUUUUGUCUGAUAUUUAUAAACCCAAAAGAGGAAGACCUAAAUCUAAGGAGAUGCCUCAACUGGAAGGUCCACCUAAAAGGACUUUAAAAAUUCCUGCCUCUAAAGUUUUUUCUUUGCAGUCUAAGGAAGAACAAGAACCCCCAAUUUUACAGCCAGAAAUUGAAAUUCCUUCCUUCAAACAAAGUCUGUCUGUGUCUCCUUUUCCAAAAAAGAGAGGCAGACCUAAGAGGCAAAUGAGGUCACCAGUCAAGAUGAAGCCACCUGUACUAUCGGUGGCUCCAUUUGUUGCCACUGAAAGUCCAAGCAAGCUUGAGUCUGAAAGUGACAACCAUAGAAGUAGCAGUGAUUUCUUUGAGAGUGAGGAUCAACUUCAGGAUCCAGAUGAUCUAGAUGACAGUCAUAGGCCAACUGUCUGUAGUAUGAGUGACCUUGAGAUGGAACCAGAUAAAAAAAUUACCAAGAGAAACAAUGGACAAUUAAUGAAAACAAUUAUCCGCAAGAUAAAUAAAAUGAAGACUUUAAAGAGAAAGAAACUGUUGAAUCAGAUUCUUUCAAGCUCUGUAGAAUCAAGUAAUAAAGGGAAAGUGCAAUCCAAACUCCAUAAUACAGUGUCAAGUCUUGCCGCCACAUUUGGCUCUAAAUUGGGCCAACAGAUAAAUGUCAGCAAGAAAGGAACCAUUUACAUAGGAAAGAGGAGGGGUCGGAAACCAAAAACUGUCUUAAAUGGCAUUCUUUCUGGUAGCCCUACCAGCCUUGCUGUUCUUGAACAAACAGCUCAGCAGGCAGCUGGGUCAGCAUUAGGACAGAUCCUUCCCCCUUUACUGCCUUCAUCUGCUAGUAGUUCUGAGAUUCUUCCAUCACCUAUUUGCUCUCAGUCUUCUGGGACUAGUGGAGGUCAGAGCCCUGUAAGUAGUGAUGCAGGCUUUGUUGAACCCAGUUCAGUGCCAUAUUUGCAUUUACACUCCAGACAGGGCAGUAUGAUUCAGACUCUUGCAAUGAAGAAGGCCUCAAAGGGGAGGAGGAGGUUAUCUCCUCCUACUUUGUUGCCAAAUUCUCCUUCACACUUGAGUGAACUCACAUCUCUGAAAGAAGCCACUCCUUCUCCUAUUAGUGAGUCUCAUAGUGAUGAGACCAUUCCCAGUGAUAGUGGAAUUGGAACAGAUAAUAACAGCACAUCAGACAGGGCAGAGAAAUUUUGUGGGCAAAAAAAGAGGAGGCAUUCUUUUGAGCAUGUUUCUCUGAUUCCCCCUGAAACCUCUACAGUCCUAAGCAGUCUUAAAGAAAAACAUAAACAUAAAUGUAAGCGCAGGAAUCAUGAUUACCUCAGUUAUGACAAGAUGAAAAGGCAAAAACGAAAACGGAAAAAGAAAUAUCCCCAACUCCGAAAUAGACAGGAUCCAGACUUUAUUGCAGAUCUGGAGGAAUUAAUAAGUCGCCUAAGUGAAAUUCGAAUCACUCAUCGAAGUCAUCAUUUUAUUCCCCGAGACCUUCUGCCAACUAUUUUUCGUAUCAAUUUUAAUAGUUUCUAUACACAUCCUUCUUUCCCCUUAGACCCUUUGCACUACAUUCGAAAACCUGACUUAAAAAAGAAGAGAGGGAGACCCCCUAAGAUGAGGGAGGCAAUGGCUGAAAUGCCUUUCAUGCACAGCCUUAGUUUUCCUCUUUCUAGUACUGGAUUCUAUCCUUCUUAUGGCAUGCCUUACUCUCCCUCACACCUUACAGCUGCUCCCAUAGGAUUAGGUUACUAUGGAAGGUAUCCCCCAACUCUUUAUCCACCUCCACCAUCUCCUUCUUUUACCACUCCACUCCCACCUCCUUCAUAUAUGCAUGCUGGUCAUUUACUUCUCAAUCCCACCAAAUACCAUAAGAAAAAGCAUAAGCUACUUCGACAGGAGGCCUUUCUUACAACCAGCAGGACUCCCCUUCUUUCCAUGAGUACCUACCCUAGCGUCCCUCCCGAGAUGGCCUAUGGUUGGAUGGUCGAGCACAAACACAGGCACCGUCACAAACACAGAGAACACCGUUCUUCUGAGCAACCACAGGUUUCCAUGGACACUGGCUCUUCCAGAUCUGUCCUAGAAUCUUUGAAGCGCUAUCGAUUUGGAAAGGAUACUGUUGGAGAGCGAUAUAAACAUAAGGAAAAGCACCGGUGUCAUAUGUCCUGCCCUCAUCUCUCUCCUUCAAAAAGCUUAAUAAACAGAGAAGAACAGUGGGUCCACCGAGAGCCUUCAGAAUCUAGUUCAUUGGCCUUGGGGUUGCAGACACCUUUACAGAUCGACUGUUCAGAAAGUUCUCCAAGUUUAUCCCUUGGAGGAUUCACUCCCAACUCUGAUCCGGCCAGCAGUGAUGAACAUACAAACCUUUUCACAAGUGCAAUAGGGAGCUGCAGAGUUUCAAAUCCUAACUCCAGUGGCCGGAAGAAAUUAACUGACAGCCCUGGACUGUUUUCUGCACAGGACACUUCACUAAAUCGGCCUCACAGAAAGGAGCCGCUGCCUUCCAGUGAAAGGGCAGUACAGACCUUGACAGGUUCCCAGGCAACCUUGGAUAAAGCUUCUCAGCGAGCAUCAGAGAGCACAAACUGUAGCCCUACACGAAAGAGGUCUUCAUCUGAGAGUACCUCUUCAACAGAAAAAGUUUGCCAACCCCAGAAAAAAAUGAAUGAGAUUUCAAUAAGAGACAUAUCUAUGAAGAAAAUCACCAAAAUGUUUUACUUUGUGAAUGGAGUUCCCUCUCGAAGUCCAAGAUUGAUCUCUUCUGGGGAUGACUCUGUGGAUAGUCUGCUGCAGCGGAUGGUACAACAUGAGGACCAAGAGCCCCUGGAGAAAAAUAUUGAUGCUGUAAUUGCGUCUGCCUCUGUGCCGCCUUCCUCCAGUCCUGUCCAUAGUCACAGCAAGGAGCGAACCCUGGGAAAACCAGACAGCCUUCUAGUGCCUGCAGUCCCCAGUGACUCUUGCAGUAGUAGCAUCUCACUCCUUUCUGAAAAGUUGCCAAGCAGCCAUUCUCCCCAUCAUAUCAAGAGAAGUGUAGUGGAAGCUAUGCAGCGCCAAGCUCGGAAAAUGUGCAAUUAUGACAAAAUCUUGGCCACUAAGAAAAACCUGGACCAUGUCAAUAAAAUUUUAAAAGCCAAAAAACUUCAAAGACAGGCCAGGACAGGGAAUAACUUUGUGAAACGCAGACCAGGUCGACCUCGGAAAUGUCCCCUCCAGGCUGUGGUAUCAAUGCAAGCAUUCCAGGCUGCCCAGUUUGUCGGCCCAGAAUUAAAUGAAGGCGAAGAAGGAACAGCACUGCACCUUGGUCCUGAUACAGUUACAGAUGUCAUUGAAGCUGUUGUUCAGAGUGUAAACCUGAAUCCAGAACAUAAAAAGGGAUUGAAGAGGAAAAGUUGGCUGUUGGAAGAACAGACCAAGAAAAAGCAGAAGCCAUUCCCAGAAGAAGAAGAAGAAGAAGAAGAGGAAGAAGAAGAAGAAGAAGAAGAAGAAGAGAAUACUAAAAGCUUUACUGAAGCAGCAGUUGAGAUUCCCAGUCCUCCUGAAACCCCAGCCAAACCUCCCGAACCUGAAAAUACUUUGCAGCCUGUGCUUUCUCUCAUCCCAAGAGAAAAGAAGGCCCCACGUCCCCCAAAGAAGAAGUAUCAGAAAGCAGGGCUGUAUUCUGAUGUUUACAAAACUACAGACCCAAAGAGCCGACUGAUCCAGUUAAAGAAAGAGAAGCUGGAAUACACUCCUGGCGAGCACGAGUAUGGAUUAUUCCCAGCCCCCAUUCAUGUUGGAAAAUAUCUAAGGCAAAAGAGAAUUGAUUUUCAGCUUCCUUAUGACAUUCUUUGGCAGUGGAAACAUAAUCAGCUAUACAAGAAACCAGAUGUCCCACUAUAUAAAAAAAUCCGUUCAAAUGUCUACGUUGAUGUCAAACCCCUUUCUGGUUAUGAGGCUACCACUUGUAACUGUAAGAAGCCGGAUGAUGACACCAAAAAGGGCUGUGUGGAUGACUGCCUCAAUAGAAUGAUCUUUGCUGAGUGUUCCCCCAACACUUGCCCCUGUGGUGAGCAGUGUUGUAACCAGAGGAUACAGAGGCAUGAGUGGGUGCAAUGUCUAGAACGAUUUCGAGCUGCAGAAAAAGGUUGGGGAAUCAGAACCAAAGAACCCCUGAAAGCUGGUCAGUUCAUCAUUGAAUACCUAGGGGAGGUUGUCAGCGAACAGGAGUUCAGGAACAGGAUGAUUGAGCAGUAUCAUAAUCACAGUGACCACUAUUGUCUGAACUUGGAUAGUGGGAUGGUGAUUGACAGUUACCGCAUGGGAAAUGAGGCCCGAUUCAUCAACCACAGCUGUGACCCAAAUUGUGAAAUGCAGAAAUGGUCUGUCAAUGGAGUAUACCGGAUCGGACUAUAUGCUCUUAAAGAUAUGCCAGCUGGAACUGAACUAACUUAUGAUUACAACUUUCAUUCCUUCAAUGUUGAAAAACAGCAACUGUGUAAGUGUGGCUUUGAGAAAUGUCGAGGAAUCAUUGGAGGCAAGAGUCAACGCAUGAAUGGACUCACCAGCAACAAAAGUAGCCAGCCAGUGACCACACAUAAAAAAUCUGGACGCUCGAAAGAGAAGAGGAAGUCUAAGCACAAGCUGAAGAAAAGGAGAGGCCACCUCUCUGAGGAACCCAGUGAAAACAUCAACACUCCAACAAGAUUGACCCCCCAAUUACAAAUGAAGCCAAUGUCCAAUCGGGAGAGAAACUUCGUAUUAAAGCAUCAUGUGUUCUUGGUCCGAAACUGGGAGAAGAUUCGGCAGAAACAGGAGGAAGUAAAGCACACCAGUGAUAAUAUUCACUCAGCAUCAUUAUAUACCCGUUGGAAUGGCAUCUGCCGAGAUGACGGGAACAUUAAAUCUGAUGUCUUCAUGACCCAGUUCUCUGCCCUGCAGACUGCUCGCUCUGUUCGAACAAGACGGUUGGCAGCAGCAGAGGAAAACAUUGAAGUAGCUCGGGCAGCCCGCCUAGCCCAGAUCUUCAAAGAGAUCUGUGAUGGCAUAAUCUCUUAUAAAGAUUCUUCCCGACAGUCACUGGCAGCACCACUUUUGAACCUCCCCCCAAAGAAAAAGAAUGCUGAUUAUUAUGAGAAGAUCUCUGAUCCCCUAGAUCUUUCUACCAUAGAGAAGCAGAUCCUCAUUGGUUAUUAUAAGACAGUGGAGGCUUUUGAUGCUGACAUGCUCAAGGUCUUUCGGAAUGCUGAGAAGUAUUACGGGCGUAAAUCCCCAGUUGGAAGAGAUGUUUGCCGCCUACGAAAGGCCUAUUACAAUGCCCGGCACGAGGCAUCAGCCCAAAUUGAUGAGAUUGUGGGAGAGACAGCAAGUGAGGCGGACAGCAGUGAGACCUCAGUCUCUGAGAAGGAGAAUGGGCAUGAGAAGGACGAUGAUGUUAUCCGCUGUAUCUGUGGCCUCUACAAGGAUGAAGGCCUCAUGAUCCAGUGUGACAAGUGCAUGGUGUGGCAGCACUGUGACUGUAUGGGAGUGAACUCAGAUGUGGAACACUACCUUUGUGAGCAGUGUGACCCGAGGCCUGUGGACAGAGAGGUACCCAUGAUCCCUCGGCCCCACUACACCCAGCCUGGCUGUGUCUACUUUAUCUGUUUGCUCCGAGAUGACUUGCUGCUUCGUCAAGGUGAUUGUGUAUAUCUGAUGAGGGAUAGUCGGCGCACCCCUGAUGGCCACCCAGUCCGUCAGUCCUAUCGACUGUUAUCUCACAUUAACCGAGAUAAACUUGACAUAUUCCGCAUUGAGAAGCUUUGGAAGAAUGAAAAAGAGGAACGGUUUGCCUUUGGUCACCAUUACUUUCGUCCCCAUGAAACCCACCACUCUCCAUCACGUCGGUUCUAUCACAAUGAACUAUUUCGGGUGCCACUUUAUGAAAUCAUUCCCUUGGAGGCUGUAGUGGGGACCUGCUGUGUAUUGGAUCUUUAUACAUAUUGUAAAGGGAGACCCAAAGGAGUGAAGGAGCAAGAUGUGUACAUCUGUGAUUAUCGGCUUGACAAGUCAGCACACCUGUUUUACAAGAUCCACCGGAACCGCUAUCCUGUCUGCACCAAACCCUAUGCCUUUGAUCACUUCCCCAAGAAGCUCACUCCCAAAAGGGAUUUCUCACCUCAUUAUGUCCCAGACAACUACAAGAGGAACGGAGGGCGCAGAUCAUCCUGGAAGUCUGAGCGCUCGAAGCCACCCCUGAAAGACCUGGGCCAGGAGGAUGAUGCUCUGCCCUUGAUCGAAGAGGUUCUGGCCAGUCAGGAGCAAGCAGCCAAUGAGAUGCCCAGCCUGGAGGAACCAGAGCGCGAGGGGGGCCCUGCUGAAGUCACUGAGGGUGAAAAAAAAACAGAGGAAAGUAGUCAAGAACCCCAAACAGCCUGUACCCCUGAGGAACGACGGCAUAAUCAACGGGAACGACUCAACCAGAUCUUGCUCAAUCUCCUUGAAAAAAUCCCUGGGAAAAAUGCCAUCGAUGUGACCUACUUGCUGGAGGAAGGAUCAGGCAGGAAACUUCGAAGGCGUACUUUGUUUAUCCCAGAAAACAGCUUUCGGAAGUGAACCUCAAAGAAUGAGAACCUCAAGCAUCUGGGAUCCAGUGGAGCUAACAGUCCUGCCUCCUGUUCUCUGAGUGUAGACAGGGGUGGGGAAGGGUCCGUCCAGCAAGGGGAAUGGGGCCAUGUCGUUGACAUUAGGUACUUAGUAAACCUUGGAGCUAGUGGAGAGGAAGAGGAAGGGGAUCUGUCUAAACAGUUCAGUUGAACUUGUUUUCCUCUCCAUUACUUCACCCUGAGGGUUAGUAAUGUAGGGUGGAGGGCAGAGCACCUUGGGGAUGACCAGAAUCUUUUGGUACUUUACAGCACUUGCCCCUCCCCCCAGCUUGGGUUUUUCUGUGUCAUCCUCUGAUCCCACAGGCACUGCUAAGAAGCUGCUUCCUAUACCCAGGUAUAACUCAGACUCCAAAGGGUUAGGGCCAGGAUCCCCACCCCUACCCUGUCUGUUCUCUAUAGGCUCCAAGAGCUACCCCAGAGACCUAAAACAGAAACAGUAGCUGGGCCUUGUUCCAGAUCCCUGACUAGGAAAAGUUUCUCUCUCCUCUUUUGCCCAACCAGGUCAAAGUAAAAUGUGAGUUGACAACUCAAAGCACUUGUAACUGCUGCCCCUCUCCCUGCCUCCAGUCCCCCAAAUGGAAUCAUGGAAUAGGGAAGGCCCCUAUGGGGUCAGAAGGGCACAGUACUUAUUGUAAUUAUUUUUGUUUCAACUUUCAUAACCUGCCAAACAUAUUUUUUUCUAGUGAGAAGGCCAGGCCCCCGCCAGCACACGUGCUGUUUAUGCGCUAUGGCUCUUGUGUGUCUGCUGUGCUGUGCGAAUGGAGAUUCAUUUCAAAGAAAAAUCAUUUUAAAACUUACAUAAAAAUGAACUCUAACCACCCCCCAACAAAAGUCACUACAUAAACUGUUGAGCAGUAUUCACCUAUCAGAGUAUUUGUUAUGAGUGUAGAUUAUCAAUUGAAAACACUACUUCUUGUUUUACUUGUACAGUUUUCAAUGUCCAUCUCUGAAAGAGACAGCGUGUUCUCCCUACCCCUAGUCCCAUCUUUCCUCCACCUUCCUGACGACUUCAUCUUCAGGAGGGAUAGCCAGGGUGUCACCUUCCUUCCCAUUCUCUUGACCAGAAGUUACCAGAUAAUACUGUCUCUUUAAAAAUAAAAUUUAAAAAGCUUUGCUUUGUCGUCUUCUCAGACAUACAUAUGCAUAUACGUUUUAGAUGUUCUUAUAAGAGAAAAGAUGGUUUUUAAAUGUGCCAAGUUGUGUGUGUAUAUAUAUAUAUGUAUGUAUAUAUAUAUAUCUCUCUGCUGCGUGAUUAGUAAGCAAUACAAUAGUUAAACAUUUCCCCAUUACUUUUUUCUAAUACUGGACCAAUGCUGUCCUAAUUGUACAUUUCUUCUUAGGAUGACGACGCUCUGACUUGUUUAGGUAGAAACAUUGACCACCUUCCAUUCCAUUGAAUCUUUCUUUUUCUCCUUUCUGUGUCAAUCUUGAGGAAAACAAAAAAACAAAACAAAAAAAAAAACAAGAGAGACAGGGGAUGCCAAAGAUCCCCUUGAGCAGAGAAAAAGCAGAAUAAAUAUUUUAUUAAAGAAAAAAGAGAAUUAAGAAAAUAGUUUGGAGUAUUUUCUUACUGUAGAGAAGCACUGUACAUUACUAAGAGACCUGGGUAUAAGAUACUCACGUGUGGAGCUGGGAAAAUCGCAUGUCCAAGCCCGUUUGAGUGGUUUCUUUUGGUUUUCAUUGCAGGGAGCUGGGUGGGAGGGAGGUGGGAAUAGGGGCACUUUGGGGGUCUCCUUUUAGUCCAAGCAGGAAAAUGACAAGAAAGAGAUUAAAAUUCAAUAUUUCCUUUAAUAGUGUUAAACACUAAAAUUUUAAAAAAGACAAAAAAAGAAAAAAGAAAAAAAAAACUUUGUAAAAUGCGAGAACAGAAGCAAAAGACACUACGCUCUGUCAUUUUAUCUUUCUUUUGUUGAAAGACUAAAAACUGAAAUGUUUUUUAGACAAUCAAAUGUUAGGUAAGUGCAAAAACUUGUUUUUUCUUACUGGUGUAGAAAUUAAUGCCUUUUUUUAUUUUUCGGUUAUUUUAUAAUAACAAAUAAAAAAGAACCCCCUAGCUGCCAGGCGGGUUUUGGUGUUUGAAAUGCGGGGCAAAGCACUACAUCACUGCAAAUAGAUACAGAGUUAGUCUGCAUGUCUGUAGGCUGUGUGAUUGCGGAAAAUAUAAAUGCUGCUAAUAUAUUUCCUUUUUACAAAAGCAUAUCUAAAUAGAUGAUUGUUUUGAUGUUAAUCUUUGUAAAUUAUGUAUUACCAAUUUUAACAUUGGAUGUAAUUGCAUAAAAAGCUUGCAUCUCAAUCCUUGAAAGUCUAGUAUUAAAUGGAAAAAACUUUUCC